AUGGCGUCUGAUGUUGAAGAAGGACGUGGAGAUAUCGCGUUAAAUUCUUUUGAAGAUGAGGACAGCAACGACGACGAAGAAGGUAUGAAUGUAUAACUUUAAACUAAAGCUCUGGUUUCCUAACUACCUGGGAAUGAUAAUUAAUUUAUAGCCAUUUCAAGUUUGUAGCCGUCUGUUUAAAAUCCGACCAAAUUUCACAGCGGUUGUGUUUACGUUUUUAAACUGCUAUUUGUCAGGUUAUUGUUUUUCUGACAAGUACAACAGUACUGUGUAUUCUUGUAGUUUCCUAUUCUAAAGCGACGUAUUUCGUUUUUGUUUGCAAAAGGUCUUGGCAACAGCCGAAGCAAUAAAUUAUUUGAAGGAUUACCGAGUCAUAUCAAUAAUCGAAAUGUCGCUGGGGGCCCAUCGCAAAGUGCGGGAAACAGAAGGGGUGUAUCGUUGCAUCGGCGCACUAGUUCGGGAAGACGUUCCCAAGAGUCGGCAACGGACCAGGCAGACGGACAAGUUAUAGAUAUCGAAGAUGAAAACCAUUCGGUCGACAGAGGCGAAUCUUACAAGGCCAUGGCCGCCCCCAUGGCAACGAAACGUAGUGUUAGGUAA